CAACACCAUGGAAAGCAUGGCCGUGAGAGGUAUCCCAGAGGUGGCCCUGAGCUCAGGCUCAAAAGCCAUGCCUCUGAUUGGCAUGGGCACUGCAGUCUACCCCUUUUCUCCAUCUGAUGCCACGCGAUCAGCCGUUCUACGGGCGAUCGAGCUUGGCUAUCGACACUUCGACUCGGCCGCUCUUUACCAAUCUGAGCAGCCUCUGGGCGAGGCUAUAGCUGAGGCACUCAGCUCCGGCCUCAUCAGAUCCCGAGAUGAGCUCUUCAUCACCUCCAAGCUAUGGUGCAGUGAUGCUCACCGUGGGCAUGUCCUCCCAGCACUCCGUAAAACUCUUCGGAAUCUUCAAUUGGAGUACCUUGAUCUUUAUCUCAUACAUUGGCCCAUGAGCACGAAGCCAGGAAAGUACGAGUUUCCACCACCAAAGGAGGACCUUAUGCCAUUCGAUAUGAAAUCAGUGUGGGAAGAGAUGGAGGAGUGCAAGAGACAUGGGCUGACAAAGUCCAUUGGAGUCAGCAAUUUCUCCUGCAAGAAGCUGGAGACAUUACUCUCUACUGCGAGAAUUCCUCCUGCUGUCAAUCAAGUUGAGGUGAAUCCUUUAUGGCAGCAAAAGAAGUUGAGACAAUUUUGUGCAGCCAAGGGAAUUCAAGUGUGUGCUUACUCACCUUUAGGAGCAAAAGGAACUCUGUGGGGCACAGCUCGGGUUAUGGAGUGUGAUGUUCUGAAAGAGAUUGCUGAAGCUAAAGGGAAGACUCUGGCUCAGAUCUGCCUAAGGUGGGUAUAUGAGCAAGGAGACUGUGUGCUGGUCAAGAGCUUUGAUGAGAAGAGGUUGAAGGAGAACCUGGACAUACUGGAUUGGGAGUUGACUGAAGAAGAGAGGUUAAAGAUCAGCCAGGUUCCACAGUGCAAAGGAUGUUCAGGAAUGGCGUUUGUUUCAGUUGAUGGGCCCUAUAAAUCCCUCACAGAACUUUGGGAUGGUGAGAUCUAAGGGUUGAGAUGAGUUGUCAGCAACUUUUAUGCUCUUGUUUUCCAUGUAUUACUAAUUGAAAAAAGCAAAGUCCUUUGUAUUCUGGAAGUUUAUGUCAACUUUAUCUAUCAACAUUUCAGUAAUAUAAACUAUCAUAUCAAAUUUGCCCAA